CGCGGGCGCGAGCGACGCCACGAGCGACCGAUCGCACGUCGCCUACGCGUUCAUACCCCGCACGCGCGCGAAGCACGCUCCGCGUCGCGUCGUCGAGGACGCGCGCGCGCGGUAACGCGGAGGCGGACGCGCGGCGCGCGCGCGCGUGUUUUCGAAGUCGCCCAGAUCUCGCAGGUGCCAAGUAGGGCGCGAGGAGGAUGAUCAACGACCGCAAGGUCAUCUCCCUGGACGAGGGAUGGGAGUUCAUGCAGAACGGCAUCGUGAAGCUCCGGAACAUCUUAGAGGGGGAGAAGAACGAGGAGAACUUCAAUCCGGAGGAGUACAUCAACCUGUACACUACGAUCUACAACAUGUGCACGCAGAAACCGCCGCACGAUUACUCCCAACAGCUGUACGAGCGAUACCGCGAGGCGUUCAACGAGUACAUCACCACGAAAGUCCUCCCCGCGCUGCGCGAAAAACAAGGCGAGUACAUGCUGAAAGAGCUCGUGAAGCGGUGGGACAACCACAAGAUCAUGGUCCGGUGGCUCUCGCGCUUCUUCAACUACCUCGACCGGUAUUACAUCCAACGCCACAACCUCGCGCAGCUGAAAGACGUCGGCAUGCUGUGCUUCCGCGACCUCGUCUUCGCGGAGAUCAAGCGCACGGUCAAGGACGCGGUGCUGCAGCUGGUGGAGAAAGAGCGCGACGGCGAACAGGUGGAUCGCGCGCUGAUGAAGAACAUCUUGGGCAUUUUCGUGGAGAUGGGCAUGGGCGGGAUGGACGCGUACGAGAACGACUUCGAGUGCCACUUACUCACGAACACCGCGGCGUUCUACGCCAAGAAGGCGACGAUCUGGAUCGAAGAAGACUCGUGCCCGGACUACCUCGUGAAAGCGGAGGAGUGCCUGCGCAGAGAGAAAGAGCGCGUCGGGCACUACCUGCACGCGAGCUCCGAGACGAAGAUUCUGAAGGAGUGCGAGAAGGAGGUUCUCGCGCAGUACGAGACGCAGCUGCUCGAGAAGGAGCACUCCGGCGCGGCGGUCUUGCUCCGCGACGACAAGACCGAGGACUUGGGCCGAAUGUACCGGCUCUUCAAGCGCAUCCCCGCGGGGUUGCCCCCCGUCGCGGACAUCUUCAAAAAGUACGUCGAGCGCGAGGGAGUGACGCUAGUCAAGGCGGCGGAGGAGGCGGCGACGCAAAAGAAGGAGGCGAAAGCCGCGGGGGGCGCGGGGAAGGACGCGUCGAACGCCGCGAGCGCGUCCACGGAGCAGAUGUUCGUGAGGAACGUCAUCGAGCUCCACGACAAGUACCUCGCGUACGUGGGCGACUGCUUCAGCAACGACUCGCUGUUCCACAGGGCGCUGAAGGAGGCGUUCGAGGUGUUUUGCAACAAGGGCGUCGCCGGGAGCACGUCCGCGGAGCUGCUCGCGACGUUUUGCGAUAACCUGCUCAAGAAGGGCAGCAGCGAGAAGCUCAGCGACGACGCCGUGGAGGAGACGCUCGAGAAGGUCGUGCGGCUGCUGGCGUACAUCAGCGACAAGGACCUCUUCGCGGAGUUUUACCGCAAGAAGCUGUCGCGGCGGCUGCUCUUCGACAAGAGCGCCAACGACGACCACGAGCGGUCGAUCCUCACGAAGCUCAAGCAGCAGUGCGGCGCGCAGUUCACGUCGAAGAUGGAGGGCAUGGUCACGGACUUGCAGCUCGCGCGGGAUAACCACCGCCCCGCGUUCGAGAAGUGGAUGUCCGAGGACGAGGACAAGCGCAGGCCCAAGGUUGACUUCCAAGUCACCGUGCUCACCACCGGGUUUUGGCCGACGUACAAGUUCAUGGAGCUCGCGCUCCCGAAGGAGAUGGUCGAGUGCGUGGAGACGUUCAAGGACUUCUACGAGGCGCACUUCGUGCACAGGAAGCUGACGUGGAUCUACGCGCUGGGGAUGUGCCACGUCAAGGCGGCGUUCACCGCGAAGCCGAUCGAGCUCCAGAUCUCGACGUUUCAAGCCGCGUGUCUGCUCCUCUUCAACGAGACGGACUCGCUGACGUUCGAGGAGGUCAAAGAGCGUCUGAACCUCCCGAACGAGGACGUGAUUCGCUCGCUGCACUCGCUGUCGUGCGCCAAGUACAAGAUCCUCACGAAAAUCCCGGAGGGGAAGACGAUCGACGCGGGCGACGUCUUCAGCUUCAACGCCAAGUUCACGGAUCGCCUUCGACGCAUCAAGGUGCCGCUGCCCCCCGUGGACGAGAAGAAGAAGACCGUGGAGGACGUGGACAAGGACCGGCGGUACGCGAUCGACGCCGCGAUCGUGCGGACGAUGAAAUCGCGGAAGGUGCUCCCGCAUCAGCAGCUCGUGCUCGAGGUGGUGCAGCAGCUCAACCGGAUGUUCAAGCCAGAUUUUAAGAUGAUCAAAAAACGCAUCGAGGACCUCAUCGCGCGGGACUACCUCGAGAGAGACAAGGACGACGCCAACGUGUUCAAGUACCUCGCGUGAUGGACGCGAGCGAGUGAGGUCGCGCGGGUGUCCGCGCGGGGGGUGGACGGCGCGGAGGAUGUAGGGAGAAGAAGAGAACAGACGUGACGUGUACGACGAUAGAACGGCGCAGACGACGGACGGACGGACGACGCGUGUAAUGCAAUUCGAAGCGAU